GGACGUGCUGCAAUCAUUCAUUUAUAGUCGAACAGAAACAGUCACGGGUCGCACUAUUACUAAAUUAAUUCAGAGUAACCGUCAACAUACAUAUGACCGUUUAACCACGUCGAUCGCUUAUUUGUUUAUCCGUUGAAUUACAGUUUAGUUCCGAGUUAGAUCAACAUGGAGAACGGCCUGGAAAGCACAGGAGACAGUCGUCUGGAUCAGGCUGUCACGCAGUGGCUGCAGUAUGACAAGAAUCCAAAGACGGCUGCUGCUGUGCGGUCUAUGGUUAAGGAUAGAGCCAUGUCAGAGCUGCAGAAGUGUUUCGGGGCCCGUAUGGAGUUUGGCACAGCGGGACUGAGAGCCACCAUGGGACCUGGAGUGUCCUGCAUGAAUGACCUCACCAUCAUACAGACCACGCAGGGUUUCUGUGCGUACCUGGAGCAGUGUUUUACAGAUCUGAAGCAGAGGAGGGUGGUGAUCGGGUUCGACGCUCGCGCUCACCCCCCUAGUGGCGGUAGCAGUAAAAGAUUCGCCUGUCUUGCUGCUUCUGUCUUGAUCAGUCGAGGCGUCCCAGUCUACCUCUUUAGUGACAUCACACCCACUCCAUAUGUGCCUUUUACCGUAUCACAUCUAGGAUUGUGUGCUGGUGUUAUGGUAACAGCCUCCCAUAAUCCCAAACAAGAUAAUGGAUACAAGGUGUACUGGGCAAAUGGAGCUCAGAUCAUUCCUCCCCAUGAUAAGGGCAUCGCUGCAGCUAUUGAACAGAACCUUGAGCCGUGGCCUAAAUCAUGGGACACAGAUGGAGCUCUUCAGAGUUCCCUACUCAAUGACCCAUACCAGGACAUACACAGAGAAUACUGCAAAACCAUACAACAGCACUGCUUUCACAGGGAGCUGAAUACGAAUUCAGAGGUGAAGAUUGUCCAUACCUCAGUUCAUGGGGUGGGCCAUAUUUUUGUCCAGGCUGCUUUUAAGGCCUUUGACCUUCAUCCUCCAUAUGCCGUGGAACAGCAGAAAGAUCCUGACCCAGAGUUCCCCACCGUCAAAUACCCCAACCCUGAGGAGGGAGAGGGAGUCUUGACAUUAUCCUUCGCGCUUGCAGAUAAAGAGGGAGCAACUGUUAUUCUGGCAAAUGACCCUGAUGCUGACCGACUAGCUAUUGCAGAGAAACAGGAGAGUGGGCAGUGGAGGGUGUUCUCUGGGAAUGAAUUGGGUGCUUUACUCGGCUGGUGGAUUUUCCAGUGCUGGAAGCUGCAGAAAAGAGAGGGAAAAGCCUCCAUUAAGGAUGUCUACAUGCUAUCCAGCACCGUCUCCUCAAAAAUCCUCCGUGCCAUUGCUGUAAAAGAGGGCUUCCACUUUGAGGAAACUCUAACAGGCUUUAAAUGGAUGGGAAAUAGAGCCAGAGAGCUGAUGGACCAGGGAAAGACUGUUCUGUUUGCUUUUGAAGAAGCCAUUGGUUACAUGUGUUCUCCAGCAGUUUUGGACAAAGAUGGUGUGAGUGCGGCUGCCAUUGCUGGCGAGUUUGUCUCUUACCUGGCUUCUAAAAAUAUAACUCUGUCCCAUCAACUCAGAUCCAUUUAUGAGGAGUACGGUUACCACAUUUCCAAGAAUUCCUACUUCAUCUGUGACAACCAAGACACUAUUAAACAGAUGUUUGAGUGUCUUCGGAACUACGAUGGGGAGAAUUCAUACCCUAAAGAGUGUGGGGGCUUUGCCAUCACAGCAGUGAGAGACCUUAUGACUGGCUAUGACAGCAACCAGCCGGACAACAAGGCUAUUCUGCCCACCAGUAAAAGCAGUCAGAUGAUUUCCUUCACCUUUGCUAAUGGAGGCGUGGCUACAAUAAGAACCAGCGGAACAGAGCCUAAAAUCAAAUAUUACACAGAGCUCUGUGCUGCACCAGGAAACAGUGAUCUUAACCAGCUGAAAACUGAACUGGAUAACUUGGUUGAUGCCAUCGUGGAACACUUCUACCAACCAGAUAAAAACAACUUGACUCCUCGACCAGAGUGAGAGAAACUAUCACUCAGGUUUACAAAGAUUUUGUCUAAUUCAGCUAUUAGUCUUAACAUACCACACAUAACCACUCUUAUUAAAACUUACACAUUCUGGGUCUCAAUCUAAAGAGGACUUACUUACUUUGCACUUACUUACUUUUAAUGCAGGAAAUGUAGAUCAAAGCUGGUGCCACAUGAACAUACCUAUUGCCUUUUUCAUUUUUUCAUUUUUGCACUUUUACAUUUUUUCACCUUUCAGUUUUGUAAUCUACAAUGUUAUCGGAUGAGUUUUUAUUUUUUUGCCUUUUUGACCUACAGUAGUGAACUAUGAAUGUACUAAUGUUGCAAAGAAAGUGUGUUUGAAUUAAUAUAAAGUAGAUAUGUUAGUUGAGUUGAUUGACAGAAAUGAUUCCAUAUUGCUGGAGCAGAGGACAAUAUGUAGUUACUGUUUAAUUCAGCCAACCAAAUAACCUCAGAAAUCAAAAAGCCAGCUCAUGUCAUUUUAUACCAGCAAUGCUCAAAUCCAGAUUAGAGGGACCCAACAGCCUUACUGUGGAAAAAAAAAAUUAUAUCUACAUUUUAGUUUUCCACGUUUAUAUGAUUCCAUUGCGUCUUUAUUCAAUCAUCUAUGUUCAGUGACAUGUAACUGUUUGAUUACAUGCAAUUUUUUUGUAAAUGUUUAUUUACAUUUUGAAUAUCAAACUCAACCAGUUUGAUAAUUCAUUCAGAACUUUUAGCCGUGAGGUUGAGGCUGGGAACAUAUGUGGAAAGGUUUUACAUUUGAACAGAAAGGAAAAGUAUUCCUUGAAUAGAUUAGUGUUUGUGUUGUGUUAAAGCAGCUUGUUUUUUAGACAUCUCAUUUUGGCAAAUAGUUGUUACACUGAGAUUUAACAGAGCAUAUGCCUUACUACAAACUCCAAAGUGGACUAUGUCAUCUAAUGUAAGGCUGACUAGCCAAACCACCAGAUACGUUAAAAUGCCUGUUGACUUCUUUUUCAUGUAAAGUGAUUUGAUGUUUCAGGAGCUCUUCAGUUUAAUACUUUUCUCACAAUGCUGUUUUUCCCCUCUAUUUGGAAUCAAUAAACAGCAAGUGGUAACAACAACAACAUGGUCU